AUGUGGCAUAUCGACAGAUCUGUGGAUCCGCAAAGUAAGCAUCACUAUGCAGUUAAUCGGGAGACCACUCGAAGAAUCUUUCGGAUGAAAUUGCUUCCAAGGCAUGUUGAGGAUAUGCGGGCAGAAACACAUGCUUUGGGUACCCUGCCUAGCUGGAAACAUGUUUUAGAGAUGCAGAUACUCGCUCAUAUCGGAACGUCUGAACUUCUCUACUCGCUCCACUGCAGAAUCAACAUCGGACCAAACCCAGCUGCUCGGGUUCGGUCUGAUAUUGACGCCAGGACAAUUGCAGAUGGUUUUCUCGAGUUGCAAGAAGAAUUUUUCCGCAUAACCGACAGCUCAGUUACCCUUGGGUACUGGUGUUGA